AUGGCACCAGACCAAGAAUCCACGACUGCAACGGUGCCUGCGGCGGAAAACAACUCGGCACGACCCAGCUCUGCCGUCGGGACCCUCGAAUGCCGCGAUGAAGAGAGCGAUGCAGGCAACCUGGGCACUGAUGCCUAUCGUGUUGGGCUUAAGGAGGACCUUCUCAGCGCGCUCUCAAGCAUCCAGACUUCAGGAUCCUUCGCAUCGUUCGAUGUCCUGCCCCAACCGCCGCCUGUCGACCUGUUCGUCAACGACGUCGGCGACAUUACCCUCCCCCUGAGCGAGUUCCAAGCCUGCCAGCUGAUCGCAAAGGCUCGCCAGGCACCAUACGGCAAGGGAAGUGCCACCAUCGUCGACACUACUGUCCGGAAUACGUGGGAGUUGGAUGCAGGGCAGUUUACCUUCCGGAGCCCAGAUUGGCCGGGCUUCAUCCAGGAUUUGUGUACCCGAGUCGCCUUGGAUCUAGGCAUCAAUGCGCCCAUCACGGCGCAGAUUUACAAGAUGCUCAUCUACGAGAAGGGUGCCAUGUUCAAGGCACAUACCGACACUGAGAAGAUCCCUGGUAUGUUCGGCACCCUCGUCGUCUGCCUGCCGUCAACGCACCAAGGCGGAGAGGUGGUUCUCAAGCACUGCGGGGAGAAAAAGGUUUUCAGGACGUCCGAGGUCUCGCAGUCCUUCGCUUCCUGGUACUCGGACGUGUCGCACGAGGUACUUCCUGUCACGUCGGGCUUCCGAUGGGUCCUGACUUACAACCUCGCCCUUGAUUUGACAGGGCCAGACCCGUCGGCGAGCUUACAGCGGUUUGAAACCCGAGCGCUGCACCGCACUCUGAAACAGUGGCUCAGCGUGGCCGGAGUGUCGCGCGAGAGGAACUGCGUGUACCACGUGCUCGACCACGACUACACUGAAGCUAACAUUUCGCUCAAGGCGUUGAAGGCUCGAGAUUUGGCUCAGGUCCACGUGCUGAAGGAGAUGUCCAGCGAGUUGGCGGUCGAUGUCUUCCUCGCGCUACUAGAAAAAGAGGAGAUGGGAAGCUGCGAGUCCAACACCUGGGAUAGGAGGUACUCCAAAUUUAGUUAUUACGGCUACGACGACGACGAAUCCAACUAUCACAGCCUUGAUGAAGUUUUCGAGACGAAGUAUGCAGUCAAGACCCUUGUCGACUUAGAGGGCCAUGUGGUGACGCAGGGUCUGCAUCUCAAUGGAGAUGACAUCCUCCAAGAAAAUUGCUUCGAGAACCUUGAAGCGGAAGAGGAGUACGAAGGGUUUAUGGGUAACUCGGGCCCAACCGCGACGCACUGGUAUCGAGUGACGGCUGUUGUCAUCGUUCCCCGUGAUUCGCUCGUCUCUUUCUUCAAUUCAUACGAUCGUUCUUGGUACUCUUCAUCCCAAAAGAACCUAAAGGCACAGAUCCGGUAUUUGGCCCGAACAUGUCUGCAGCCACAGGCCCCCGAGUCUGCGGUCAACGCGCUGGUAAAACUAUCCCAGCAGGCGUGGAACAACUGCGACAAGACGACCAACAGCUUUAGGGCGCAGGAACCGUCGAUUGAUGGGGACGGCAUACGGGACGUCCUUGUGACUGCGAUCCAGCACGGAAAAUAUACCUUCUUUGAAGAGGCUGCUGACCAUCACCAAGGCCUUUUGCCGCUGGGUUUCUUUGUUUGGAUGCGGCAGUGGUUGAGUACUGGCAGCAGUGGCACUGAUAGACGGUUUCAUGCUGUUCGAAAGGGAAUAUCGUCUGCCAUUUCCUCAUACCCUUAUUUCGCCGACCAGUUUAGGGCCAUCACGAACUUCGUGCCGAUUCCAAACGACUCUUUGGCUUCUGACACCGGUGCCACUCCUGAUUACGUUUUGGACUGGGCUCGUGAAAAACUCCGCUUCUGCCUGGAUGCCUGCGCGUCUAAGUCGCUGGGCUGCGAAGAUGGACCUGCCAUGGUGGACCUCGCCUUGUAUUUCAAUGACUCCUCCACCUUUCUGUCGCAAAUUGUUACGCCCAGAAUCGAUCAAAGACAUGACGCCGCCGCCUUCUUUCUUGCAUUCCUGGUCCGGCUACGACAGCAAAGCACCAAGGGCAUCCUACCAAUGAAAAGCACUAUGCAGCUUUACCAGAUCAAGGCCAGAUCUUUCAUCACUUUGGCGGACUUCACACAGUUCCACAGCGACGCUAUAGUCAAGGCCACGCCAACCAAAAAAGCAUCAUACGGCGGACAAGCCCAAAGAUUUGAUCCCCGAACAGCCAUCAGUUAUGAGGUGCUGGCCGAUUUCUUCUCAGCCAUCGUCCGGUCAAGCACAGAGGCAGACGAUCUCGUCGCGCCAUUCAUUUCCAAACUCGUGGCAAAUGCUUACCGGCUCCCAGCAGUCGAACUCCACGCUUUGUGGCUGCCUUUCCUGCGCUGCCUCAUACCCAUUUUCGCCUCCAACGCCAUACCCCUCGAUACCCCAUAUUGUCAACAGCUCUUUUCCGCCCUCUUACAGGCGUACCUCGACAGGUACGUGGGACACGAGCCUACCGAGGAUAGAAACCUGGUUCGGCGAGGUGUUGACUGCUCAUGCUCCGACUGCGAGUCCCUGAACGCUUUUCUGGUUAGCCCGACACAGAGAGUCGGCUUCUUUGCCGUAAAUAAGCAACGACGUGGGCACUUGCACCGGGGGCUCGACACUUGCGGAGUCGACUGUACCCAUGAGACGCGCCGGUCGGGAUCACCCCAAACUUUAGUGGUGACCAAAACGUUCCAGCACAAUAAGAAGAUGCGUCUCGACUGGAAGUCGCGGUUAAUGCUGGCGGAGGGACAGAUUCGGCAGUUCGAGCAGGGCCACCUCUCGCUACUACUUGGGCCGAACUACGCAACUAUCGUCAACAUGGCGCACCUCUCCGCGUCGGAGCUGGCUCAGGGUCAAUCGUCACCAGUGGUUUCAGCCUCCCUAAGGACGACAACCCAGCCUCGUCGGCCGUUACAAGCGAUCAGCCCCGUGGCUGGAGUGAAGCGGAAGUUUUCCUUCACGGAGACCGACAUCGUUGAUCUGACCCGCGAGUAG